CACUUGACCACCCUUACCGAUAGCUUGUCAACCAGCUAAAGAUGGAUGGCAUCAAAUGCAUCCUCCUCGACAUUGAGGGCACGAUACUUCCCAUCAGCUUCGUAAAAGAGACGCUCUUCCCAUAUGCCCUCCAAGCCCUCCCCCAAGUCCUCGAAAGCAAGUGGGAUGACCCAGCAUUCGCACCCUACCGCAAUGCCUUUCCCGAAGAACAUCGCCAGUCACCAGCAGAUUUCCAGGCUCACGUGGAAGAUCUGACUUUGCGCGAUGUCAAAGUCGCCUAUCUCAAGAAUCUACAAGGCUUUCUCUGGGAAGACGGCUACCAAUCUGGAGCGUACGCGACCAAUCUAUUUGCUGACGUGGUUCCUCAACUUCGGCAAUGGAAGCAGCAAGAAGGCUUAUCACUGGCAAUAUACUCCUCGGGCAGUAUUUUUGCGCAGAAGCUGUUGUUUGGCCACGUACUACUACGACUACCUCCACCUCCACCACUACGACAGAUGAAGCAGACCGCAGUUGAAGCAGCGACUGCGGUAGCGCCAGCGUUAUCGUCAUCGUCAGCUGGUGCGAAAAAAUGCGGACGGCCAGCUGACUUUCAUCAUGGUGCCGAGGAUCAGGCGAAUGACGGGAUUGCUCAGCCACUCUCAAGCAAGAACAAGCAUGAUGUUGAUGAUGUUGAUGAUGAUGAUGAUGAUGAUGAUGAUGAUGGCGAUGAUGGCGAUGAUGCUGCCGCUGCCGAUCAUCGCAAACCUGCUGAAACCGAAGACCUAACGGCCAUGUUCGAAGGCAGAUUCUUUGACACGACCAACGCCGGCCUCAAGACCGAAGCAUCUAGUUAUGCCAAGAUCGCCGAGACUCUCAAGUGGCAACCCGAGGAGAUUCUGUUCCUCAGCGACAACGUCAAAGAGAUUGAUGCUGCACACGAGGCCAAAUUGAAUGCCAUUCUCGUCGACAGACCGGGUAAUGCUGCGCUUGAUUUUGCCGAUCGAAGGAGACUGCAGAUUGUGGAAUCGCUCAGCGAGAUUUAUAUCAAUAAAGGUCCGGGUACGGAAUUGGGUCAGAAGGAGUGAUGAAUUUUUUUGGGACCAAAAAAAGAAAAGAUAUCCUAUUUGUCCGGCUGCGUGUCCCUUGUCGAAAUGCAUUCAAUCGCGAGAAGAUUUGCUCUGGAGAUCGAUGUAUACCAUGUCUUCGAUUGCGGCGAUCUGGACACUGACAGACUUCAAAGGAUGAGUAUCACUAUCGGCAACUGAGUUAGUUACCUGCCACGAGUCUAUUCGAGCGCGAAUCGCUACAUCGGAAAAAAACCUCAACCCCAUAAAAAUGUCAGAGAAAGAAAACAAAUCCGAGCAUAACGACAUUCUCAUACUGUAGGAGACCACCUCCUCAAUCCACCACCCACCCUAACUACCUAGAACAUCAAAACUCGGUUCCACCAAACAAAUUCUCCCCGCCAUACCAAC